AUGUCGAGCCGAGGAGGAUCCAAGGGCGGAAGAGGAGGCAAGGCCACCAGGGGCGGAAAUCGGUACUUCGCCAAGGCCGAUGGUGCGGCCGCUGAUGCGAAGCCGGAAGAGGUGAAGAGCAAGAAGCAGAAGGUGGUGGCUGCUCCCGUCGCCUCCACUGAUGGCAAGAAGGGCCAGAAGCGAAAGGGCGGACCCGAGGCCGAGACAUCGGCCCCGAAGAAGGAACAAACGAAGAAGGUCGCCAAAGUCGCAGUGACGGAACAAGUGAAGAAGACAGUGGUGGUGGAGCAGUCGCGCAAGCAGCGGAAGCCCAAGUCUGAGAGGAUGGGGAAGAGGGCCUGGGAGGUGGAGGAGAAGGCGGAGGAAACGAAAGAGGAGGCUGAAGAGGUCGAAGAGGUUGCUUCGGACGCCGAAGAUGAUGAUGAUUCGGAUGUGGACAGCGAAGCCAGCAUGCCGAGCGACAGCGAGGACAGCGAUUUUGAGCAGCUCGUAGCGAAGGAGGGAGGUUCGGCCCGAUACAAGGCUGCAUUGGCCCUCAGGGACACUUUCCAGAACUUCAGACAAGAGGGUGCGGAGGAUGAGGACGAUGAAGAGGACGACGAGAGCGAAGGUGAAGAGGAGAUACAGAGGAGGACGGAAAAGCUGGGCGAUUUCGUGCCGCUAAAGGGCAACAGCGAUGACGAGGACGACGAGGAAGACAAGAUUGUGCAGAAGUCGGAGAGCGAGGAGAAGAAGGUGACCAAGGGUAAGCAGGUUGAAACGAGCAAGCAGACGAAGGCCAAGGUUGAAAAGAGCAAGCAGACUAAGGCCAAAGUUGAAAAGAAGGCGACCACUACUACAACCACAGCGACUAAAGUCAAAGGCAAGGAGCCCGCAGCCAAGAAGAGGCGCGUGAAGGUUCGCACUUUGGCGCAGAAGCUUGGCGGCGCUGGCGCUGUUUACGUCGGUCACCUUCCGUACGGUUUCAACAAGGAGCAGAUGAUGGGCUUCUUCGCCCAGUUCGGCCGCGUACUCAAAAUCUCUCAUCCCCUCAGCAAGAAGACCGGAAGGUCCAAGGGCUACGCCUUCAUUCUGUUCCGCCACAAGGAAGUGGCCCAAGUCGUCGCCGACACGAUGAACGGGUACCUCAUCUUCGGCAGGAUCCUGAGGUGCAAGUACAUCCCCGCCGCCCAGAUCGCAGAGCAUGUGUUCAAGAACGCCAAGAUGCCGUACCCCGAGUUCAACUAUCAGGAACUCGAGCAACAGAAGAGGAGCAAGUUGAGGAGCGCCGAGAAGCACGAGAAGCUGACGAAGGCGCUCGUGGCCAAGGAGAAGAAGAGGAGGCAAAAGCUGGCGGCCCUCGGCAUCGACUACGAUUUCCCCGGCUACGCUGCUGCUGUCGCCCAGACCAAGGCCAAAGCCGAGUGA